AAGCUUUGAAAUGAUUGGAAUAUUAUUCACUUAUUAUUAGAGCGUUCAAGCAAGAAGGUCGUCAUUGUCGUAGUUAAUUUUUUUUGCUUAAAUUCAUAAAAUAAAAAAAAAUAAAAAAUACAACAAUAAAAAUUACAAUAAAUAAAAUUAAUCUUCUUCACUCACACGCAAAAAAUAUCAAAUAAAAUUUAAAACAAAUCCAGUAAAAAUAUAGAAAAAUAAACAGUAACAGUAAAGUUUUUAAAAAAGAAAUAUUUAUCAAAAGAAGUUAGAAAAAAGAUAUAAAACAAAAAUAUAAAAAGUGUUGUAUUUAAAAAAAAAAUACAAAUUCAAAAACUGUUUAAAAAUUUCAAAACUAUUUAAGUGUUUAAGUGUGGGUCUGAAUUAAAAAUUUCCCCAUUUCAAAAUGCAACCCCUUAAACGUUUUACACAAUGUGGCAGUUUGACCAUGCUAUUUGGCGUUUUCAUUAUUUUAUUUGGUGUCAGUUCAACAGCUUUAACUACAUUUGGCAAAUCUAGCAAUAAUCCACCACCCACACCCGGUCCAAUUGUCAAAGGUCGUGAAUGCAAUACACAUGACGACUGUGCAGCGAUAGAAAGAUCAAGUUGUGUAAAAGAUCCAGAUGAUUUAAAGCUGCGUUGUUUGUGCGGUGAUGAUACACCACCCAAUAAUGGUCUAUGUGCAGAUGUUUUAAAAGGUCUACGCCACAAAUGCGUCAGUAGCAAUGACUGUGAAGAUGGUCUGGUGUGUCAAUAUGAAAAUUCCAAUCGUACUAUUGGUGUGGCCAAGUUUAUGUCAACAAAAGCUAAAAUUUGUUUAUGUGAUAAUGAAAAUGGCUAUUUUGAGGAUUUAGUGCAUGAUAUUUGCAGUGGUGCGGCAAAUCUUAUUAUAUCAUUUUUAUCAGUCGUGAUGCCAUUUGUUAUUUAUGCCAGUUUAAAGAGUUAUUUCUAAAACUAAAAAUUGCAAAUAUUUAUUUUUUGUUUUAAUUUUCUCUUAUGGUUUUUUUAUUUAAAUAUUUAGUGUAGUAACAGCACACAUUUUUUUCUAUUUCCAUUGCAAACAGAUAAAACAAUAUUAUAGUUAUAUAAAUAUUAUAUAAAAUUAGUUUAGAAAUUUUUUGUCAAUUAUCAAUCAUGAGUGCAUAAAAACGAAAAACUAAAGUUUUAGUAAAUAAAUAAAAAUGAUUAUUAUAUGUUAAAAUAAAUAAAAACAUUUUUUUAUUAGCUGGUAAAUUUAAAAUUAAAGAUUUAGAUUAAUACACAAUUUUAGCAAAUCAUAGCUUCAUGUCUAUCUUAUUUUGGCUUCAAAAGGAAUUUGUUUGCUAUAUGUAUUUACUUAAAAUAAAUAUUUAAAUUUGUGCUCAUAAAUACAAAUUACACUAAUUUACAAUUUAAUACUCAUGGGAUGUAACAUACUUUUUUGGAAAGGGCUAUGUCCGAUAGUUAAUUAACAAUUUUUUUGAGAUAAAUAGCAUUUAAAUAAGCAUCAUCUCUCAGGAGUUCUGGAAAACAUUUUGAAAAUGAGUACCGACUUUGGCGUGCUUGCGCUUUUUUUUUUGGGAAAAUAA